UUUCACCAGAGGCUUGCAGAGUCUCGAGUCUCGACUGGCCCGAGUGUCUGCGAAGUGUCGCAGGACGCAGCUCCUGUCAUCACCGCUGUCAGCGGGGUUCCGUUUGACAGAUUGGCUUCCACUUCUCAAUUUUGUUUCUUUCUAAACAGCCAGACUCCGGAGCCAAGCUUCCACACGGUCCACACACCGUCCACACUUCCACAUCUCGCUUUCCAUCAGAUGGUCAGACUCGUCAGGCGUAGUCGACGCGACGAUUUUGUACGGAUUAUGCGUUAACCCGUCGAUCGACACUGCGACGGAAGACAGAAGACGGAACAGACGGAUACCUGCUGGCCGAAUCAACCCCGAACGAUUUAAUAAUGCGGCCGUCCCAUAUGCAGAUGACAUGACAUUUGUGCGCACAGUGAUGAGGACCUGCGAUACCAAUCGCCGCGUGCCGUUAGCGAAAGCGAAAAAUGUUCGUCAGAGAUCCCUGUGGCAUCGUAUGCAUUAUCGUCACCUAUAUGGCGGUAUUUUACGCUGACUACGUCGUGGUACGAUGGAUCGUGUUGCACACUAUGCAAGACAGCCUAUGGUGUCCUUUCCAUAUAAUAGCGUUUAACACUGUUGUACUUCUUCUAAUGAUGGCACAUUUGAAAGCCGUCUGCAGCGAUCCAGGCAUAGUACCCUUACCGCAAAGUAGAAUGGAUUUUUCCGAUAUUCAUGUCUCUGGGGGAAGCGACGACCACGAGAGUGACGAGAAAGACGAUUGGACAGUGUGCACUAGGUGCGAAACGUAUAGACCACCUAGAGCUCAUCAUUGCAGAAUUUGUAAACGUUGUAUCAGAAGAAUGGAUCAUCAUUGUCCAUGGAUCAAUAACUGCGUCGGCGAGAGGAAUCAAAAGUACUUCAUACAAUUUCUGGUAUACGUUGGUGCGUUAGCUAUCUAUGCUAUUAUUUUAGUCAUUACGUCUUGGCUCUAUGACUGCCCACAGUGCAAUAACGAUAUUGCAGUCAAACAAAAUCGCAUUUUACAUUGUGUGAUAUUAGUUUUGGAGUCGGCAUUAUUUGGUAUGUUCGUCGUAGCGAUUCUAGUUGAUCAGUUCCAAGCGAUACUAGGCGAUGAAACUGCUGUGGAGCGCGUGCAAGGUAUCCAACAACGUUAUCACAAUAAGAAUACCCCACGAACAUUUACACUUUUGUCUCAAGUAUGCGGAAAGAGUCAUCCGAUACUUUGGCUGCUACCUUGCCACAAUCCGCCGCGUUACUCUUUCAGAAAGGACGCGUAUUUAAUCGAUCACGAAGUUUGAGAUUAUAUACAAAACGAGUGUGUUAUGUGUCUGCACAAAGUGGUAUUUCUUUUUUUAUAUUUAUUUUUUUACAUACAGUAUAUUAGAGUAAUUCAUUCCUUGGAUCAGUACCUUAAUACAUCUUUGUACGAAUUAUUGACAUAGUAUAGAUUUGAGACUUGUAGCUAUAACGUUUCUACAGCGUGUGUGGAAAUAAAAUAAUAAUAUAUAAACACUCAUUCUUAUUAUAUACACACAUUAAGAUGAUUAAUAUAUAUUAUA